AAUGUUAUAGUUGAAUUUAAGUCUUUUGUAUGUUGGUGCGCUCGGGCGCCCGCGAGUUGGUGCGUGCGUGCGAGUGAGCGGGUGUGUGGGCUCUAUGUGUAUUGAUGACGACAGCAGCGAGUACGAUGUUAUCAGGGUCUGCGACGGGUUUGGACAUCUGAUAAGAGAUGGGACUGCACUACAUUGAAAUAUGGGUACGGUCUUUUUCGCAAGGAGGCGAAAAUCAGACGUACAUUUUUGUGGCUGCCAGCUUGGCGAUCCCAAGCGUUUCUUGGCUUUGAUGCGACCCGAUUGCAGCUGGAGUAUGUCCACAGCAGGCUUGACUGCCCAGGAAGUCUGUUUACCCUCGCAAGCACUCUUCCUGCGGGGCAGCCAUUGUCACAGCAUGGCCGGAACUAAGCCUUCCUGGAAUCCCACACAUGACUUUAACAACCUGUAUUUCAGCCUGGACACCACAGUGGAUUACAAUCUACAGUCACAGCAGCAGGUUCCGUCCCUCUCAUCUGUAGACAAAUCUCGGCCACUGCUCCGGAACAGUCCAGCAGUUCAGUUGAGGCUGCCCCCAAAGAAGUUCCGGCCCUCACAGCUCACCUUGUCCUCCAGCAACGAGCCCCUCACGCCCAGCCCCGUGGAAGAUGACCAGGUGGUUCCCCACUUCCAGCGCCUGUCCGUCUGCGACCGCGUCAGCCCGCCGCAGACACCUAGCCGUGCCACCAAGCCCCUGCCCCCUUUGCCCGGCACAGCGGACUUGUCCACGUCGGACCAGGCCAUUGACAGCGAGACAGACGACAGCUGCAGCCUGGUGCCCGAGCCAUGCGUCAACAAGCCGUCGCCCUUCCGCUACGGGGCGCCCAGUCGGAGGAGUGUCCGAGGUCGUGGGAUGGUUAACUACGCGUACGAAGGACCGUCGGUCCAGCAGAGGCAACCUCAUCCGCAGUCAGUGCAGCAACAGCAGCAGCAACAUCAGCAUCCACAACAUCAGAGGUGGCAGGACAAGGAUCUACCUGAACAGCAGCAGCAUCCAACCCAACAUCAACAUCAGCAUCAGCAUCUGACUCAACAUCAACAUCAGCAUCAACAUCAACAUCAACAUCAGCAUCAGCAUCAGCAUCAGCCGCAGGACCGCGCCACCCGCAAGCUGCGCCGCUCUCACUCGGGGCCCGCCGGGUCCUUCAACAAGCCCACGUCGCUGCGCCUGUCCUGUCACCACCGCAACGGCCCGGACCUGGACAAGCCCGAGAUCCCUCCCCGAGCGCCGAUCCCGCCGCGGCCCGCCAAGACCGCCGACUACCGCCGCUGGUCGGCCGAGGUCUCCUCGGGGGCCUACAGCGACGAGGACCGGCCGCCGAAGGUCCCGCCGCGGGAGCCUCUGUCCAGCACGAGCAGCGGCGGCGGCGGCACCAGCACGCGGACGCCCAGCCCCAAGUCCCUGCCCACGUACUUCAACGGCAUCAUGCCGCCCACGCAGAGCUUCGCGCCCGACCCCAAGUACGUGAGUCGCGGGCUGCAGCGGCAGAACAGCGAGGGCUCGCCGUGCAUCCUGCCCGUCAUGGAGAACGGCCACAAGGCCAGCAACACACACUACUUCCUGCUCCCCAAGAGACCUGCCUACCUGGACAAACUGGAAAAGUUUCUGACCGACCCGCCGGCCGGACGAGGAGGCGGCGGCAGCGGCGGCGGCGGCGAGCCGGCCUCGAGGUCAGACGGGGACGGUCAGAGCAAACGGAGGACACCCAUCGACCUGGUGUAGCGCCAGGGACACACGCGAUGUACUGACCGACCGGUGUGGGCAAAUGCAUAGCUUCGCCAUGUGUCGCCCGAUGGACCUUACAGACAUUUCACUGCUGCUCUAACGCAGUUGCUAUGGUUAGUUUUACCCUAGUCUUUAUAACAUUAGGGUGAGUUACGUACCAAUUGCAGUUACUGGGACUAUUUUGUUGCUGUUGCUGACGUUUUUUCUUUCUCGGAAGAACCCCUCGAUAGGAAGGCAAAUGUGGUGUGCAGUUCUGGAUCUCUGGCAUUCUGGACUGUGGGUGAGAUUAGUCUCAUCCAUUAUGUGUGUAUCAGAUGGAUUAUUUUUGAUAUUAAUCAUUGUUUCAUUUUGUGCUUCUUGCCAAUCCUGUGGUGCAGUUGUCUGGUGUGAGCUGGUCUCGCACCUCAGUGUCAGUGUUUUGGCUUUGGUAACCAGAAUGACUUAUGUCACAUGUGUGUCUGUAAGGAUGUUGCUUCUCUUGCCUUGGAGAAUAAGUCAUUGCUUUGUAUCUUUGAGAAUCAAGGGUAAAAAGGAUCAGUGCAACAUUAAGUAAUCAUUUGAAUGAAGUCUAAAGGAAAGUACCUGUGAUCUCAAUGCAUUUAUGAAGGAUCUUCCAGCUUGAACCCCACACUAAUUCCUGCAAUUCUCUGCAGGCAAGCAAGGAAAAGCAGAUUGCCUUUGUGUUUUGGUUGUUAGUUUCUGUUUUCUUCAGAACUUGUUGAGUGUGUGUGUGUGUGUGUGUGUGUGUGUGUGUGUGUGUGUGUGUGUGUGUGUGUGUGUGUGUGUGUGUGUGUGUUCCCAUGUGAAAUGUACAUCUUGAGCCAGUAGUAUCACUAAAUAUCUAUGUGCAUGCUCCAGGUGGGAAUUGUGUGUGUGUGUGUGUGUGUGUGUGUGUGUGUGUGUGUCAGACUUGCGUGUGUUACCUUUUGUGUUCUCUGGUUUCUGGUGCAUGAAAGGCCACUUUGUUGGCAUGAAUAUAUAACUGUAGUAUAUAGUACGUUCUAUAUACAUUAUGCUUCAUUGUGCACAUUUACAUUCUUAAUACAGACUUGUACAGAUAAUAUGCUGUAUAUCAGGUGUGAUGUGUCCAAAAUUCUUGCAUUCUGUACAUUCACAGAUUAGUUGGUGUUGCACAAAGAGAUGAUUUGUUUCAAGCUUGUGAAUGUGGCUUGCGUUUGUGUAAUAGCUGUUUUGAAAAGGCCCCUGUUUUCAGUCAAGCUGUGAAUGAGGGAAUGAUCUUGCCUGUCAUACUACCUCCCAUAGUCUUUUUCUUUAUUGCUUUCGACAACACCUCCUCACCAUAGCAUGCCAAUGAAUAUGGUUACAGAUAGAAGUAGCUCAUGCUAAAUUGAAAAAAUUACAUAGCUGUUCAGAAAUAUGUUCUUGUGGUUAAACUCAGACCAUUCAGAAGUUGGGUGCAUUCAGUAAAUCCCUAAACAGGUGACUGUUAUUGUCAUAAUUCCUCUCACUAUGGUUAUUUUCCUGAAUGUAACAACGCAGUCAAAUGUUGAGAUCUGAACAGUGGUUUUGUGUGAGUCAGAUGCGUUGGUCUCACCUGACACACACACACACACACACACACACACACACACACUCAUACAGACAUGUACUGUCACACAGACUUACGCAGACACACACACACACACACACACACACACACACACACACACACACACACACACACACACACAACAGUCUUUCCUGUUCUGCACAUGCAUUCCUGUCUGACGUGACUGCUGUGGGUGUGGGCUUAGACUCGUAAGCUGCUGGCAGCGAGUGAAAGAAGAUGUAUUUCAUUGUUAUAUGUUGUUGAAAAAGACAUCAUUAUGAUGUGGUAAAUGUAGCAAGUGCAUCAAAGGGUGAAACCCUGGACAAAGAAAAAAAGCAACAUGGUCAGAUCAGGUCAAAAAGUCAUUAAGGUUUUCCACCUUGCAAAGAGUAGACUCGAACUUUACUGAUGCUGUUUUUUUUUUUUUUCAUGUUAAACAAUGUUUACAUUACUCAUUGUGUUAUUUAAUCUUUGCCUUUUUUCCAUGUCUUACCUGAAUGAAAUGAAGGCAAGUUCAAGAAUUAUAGACAUUCUCUACUGUGGUAAUACUAAAAUGCACUGAGAGUACAGUAUGUUAAUGUUUGUUUGUUGGUAUGUUUGUGAAUGUACAUGUAUGUCUGAAUGAGUACAGUAUGUAUGUGUGCGUGUGUGUGUAUGUGUAUGUAUAAAGUAUUUAACAUAAUUCUACUAUCCAUGAUGAAUUUAGUACUGUCUACAGUGUAGUCUUUAAAUGAGGAAAACAAUAAAAAAAAAUGCUUAUUUAUGCAUCAUUCAUG